AAUUACUUCUACUUCGCCUUUCUCCCUUUUCUCUCUCCGACCUUUCUCCCCCCCUCCAAAAUAUCGCCGCCGAAUUCGGGAGAAUUUUACAAGUCAUUUUUAUUUUAUUUACCACCAAAUUCGGGAGGAUUUUGAUUCAUAAUAUAAUCACAAAAUCUGUUGACUGCAUCCUUUAACACAACAAAAUCAUCAUCCCCAAUUUUAUCAUCGUAAUUUUUUUUGUUAUUAAUUUUUGGAAAAAUCAGUUCCCUGAAAAUUUGGAAUCUUUCAAUUUUAUCGCGAAUUUUCUCUCUCCUCCUUAAAUUAGCAAAUUAGCACCGACAAUUCAGGUCACUUGAUAAUUCUCUCCCUUUUUCUGUGAUCUGGGUUUUGAGCUUUUUUUCUUCGGAGGAUUCGGUGAUGCUUGUUUGCUCGUAAAAAAUUCGAUCGGAAAUUUCUAAGAAAUGUCGGGACCCCUUGAUCGAUUUGCUCGGCCUUGUUUUGAGGGAUUAUCCGGAAAUGAUGAGAGACAUGAAAGAAGUGAUAGAAGUGAGAGAAGAGAAAGAAAAUCUGAUUUUGAGAAUUCAGAAGAUGAGAGGAGGUCAAGAAAUUGGUCUUUGAAGAAGAAAGCAAUAAAUGCAUCAACCAAAUUAAAACAUUCUCUUAAGAAAAAGAGUAGCAGAAGAAAAAGUGAUGGACGUGUCAGUUCGGUUUCAAUAGAAGAUAUCCGUGAUGUAGAAGAGUUACGGGCUGUUGAUUCAUUUAGACAAGCAUUGAUAUUGGAUGAACUUUUACCUGAUAAACACGACGAUUAUCAUAUGAUGUUGAGGUUCCUUAAAGCAAGAAAGUUUGAUAUUGAAAAAGCAAAAUGCAUGUGGGCUGAUAUGAUUCAGUGGAGGAAAGAGUUUGGUGUUGAUACUCUUGUGCAGGAAUUUGAUUUUAAAGAGAUAGAUGAAGUCUUGAAUUAUUAUCCCCAUGGAUAUCAUGGUGUGGACAAAGAAGGUAGACCUAUUUACAUUGAAAGGUUAGGAAAAGUUGAUCCAAACAAACUUAUGCAAGUAACUACGAUGGACCGUUAUAUAAAAUAUCAUGUUCGUGAAUUUGAGAAAGCCUUUGCAAUUAAGUUUCCGGCGUGCACCAUUGCUGCAAAACGGCAUAUAGAUUCAAGCACUACAAUCUUAGAUGUUCAGGGCGUGGGUUUGAAAAACUUCACCAAGUCUGCCAGGGAACUUAUUACACGACUGCAGAAGAUUGACGGUGACAAUUACCCCGAGACCCUUUACCAGAUGUUCAUUGUUAAUGCUGGUCCGGGAUUUAGGCUUCUAUGGAGCACUGUAAAGUCUUUCAUUGAUCCAAAAACCACAUCCAAAAUUCAUGUUCUUGGAAACAAGUUCCAGAGUAAAAUACUGGAAGUAAUUGAUGCCAGUGAGUUACCGGAGUUUCUUGGAGGGACUUGCACUUGUGCAGAGCAAGGGGGGUGUUUGCUCUCUGAUAAGGGUCCUUGGAGAACUCCUGAGAUAUUAAAGAUGGUUCUUAAUGGUGAGCCUCGGCGUGCAAGGCAAGUGGUCAAAGUCUUGAACAGUGAUGGAAAGGUUCUUGCUUAUGCUAAGCCUCAGUUUCCAACGUUGAAAGGAAGCGAUACAUCUACUGCUGAGUCGGGAUCUGAAGCUGAGGAUAUUGCUUCACCUAAGGCGGCAAUGAAUUAUUCACAGUUGAGGUUGACUCCUGUUCGCGAAGAGGUCAAGGUAACUGGAAAAACAGCCUUUGCUGGUAGCUAUUCAGGCUAUGAUGAAUAUGUACCUAUGGUAGACAAGCCCGUUGAUGCUGGGUGGAAGAAGCAGUCAUCCAUUCAGAGAUCUUUCUCUUCUAAAGCGACACCCCCACUGCCGUAUACAAAGAAGACUCCAAAUGGAAUUACAGAUCGUGUGAUGAUGAUUAUUGUUGCUUUUUUCACGGCGUUGCUCACAAUUUUCCGCUCAUUGGCAGGCGGUGUGACUAAAAAGUUACAUGAUGCAUCUCCUAGUAAGGAGCUUAAUAUCAUUGAUCUAACUUUAGAUGCAGUUCCACAGGAAUCUCGCCCCCCUUCUCCUCCCCCAGCAUUCACUGAAGCUGAUCAGCUGUCUAAUGUACUAAAGAGGCUAGGUGAGCUUGAGGAGAAAGUUGAUACACUUCAAUCAAAGCCUUCUGAAAUGCCAUAUGAGAAAGAAGAAUUGCUGAAUGCUGCUGUAUGUCGUGUGGAUGCGUUGGAGGCAGAGUUAAUUGCAACCAAAAAGGCUCUUCACGAAGCUUUGAUGAGGCAAGAGGAGCUGCUUGCGUAUAUUGAUCGUCAAGAAGCAGUCAAGUUUCAGCAGAAGAAGAAAAAGAUGUUUUGCUGGUAAGCUGAUCGAUUGAAAGCAGAAGAAACGGGAACUUUGAAGAUAACGAGAGCUGAGGCAUUUCCUUUUCUUAAUUGUAUCUUUUCUAUUUGUAAAACUAUAUCUACGAGUACUUCAUAUUUGACAACAAAAAAAACUACUGCCCACAAUGAUGUAAAGAGAUGCAGAAAAUAUGUGUAUGUUGAAUUUUACGACCCCCAGUUUCAAAUUAAUGGAGGGUGGAAGAAAAGUUACAUAACAUUUUCUGAAAA